AUGGCUGUGCAUGUGUCCCUGGAGCAGGUGAAGAUCACUCUCCUGCUACUCUACUUAUGGCCAUUUUUGUUCUUGUCUGGAUGGCCCCACCAGGCUGGGUAUGGUGAAUCCCACAGCCCUCCAGAAGUGGUGAUACCCUUGAGGGUCACUGAGAGAGGCAUGAAGGCACCAAACUGGAUCACUUACAGUCUUCAUUUGGAGGGCAAGAGAUACAUUAUUCACCUAAAGGCCAAGAAGUUUUUUGUGUACAGAGACCUCUCUGUGUUCACCUAUAAUGACCAGGGUGCUCUGCUUGAGGACCAACCUUUUGUUCAGAACGACUGCUACUACCAUGGUUAUGUGGAAGGAGACCCAGAAUCCCUGGUUACUGUUAGCACUUGUUUGGGUGGCUUUCAAGGAAUGCUACAGAUAAAUGGUGUUGCUUAUGAAAUCAAGCCCAAAAGGCUUUCUGCCACAUUUGAACAUCUGUUAUACAAGAUAGACAGCAAGGAGACACAAUCAACAUCCAUUAGAUGUGUAUUAACAGAAGAAGAAAUAGCACAGCAACUGAAGUUUCAAGAGAAUGAUAAUUCUAUUUUGAUGCAAAAUUCUAACACGGGAUGGUGGGUUCACCGGUGGUUUCUUGAACUGGCAAUCGUGGUUGAUCAUGGACGGUUUGUUUUUCGGGAUAGUAACAUCUCUGUUGUGGAGAUGGAUGUAGUCAUGGCUGUCAACAUAGUAGAUGAUCUUUAUAACUCCCUUGAUGUUGAUGUAGCUCUCAUUGCAAUUGAGAUCUGGAAUACGGAAAACCCCUUUAUCAAAAAUAACCCACAUGAUAUGAUGGUAAGUUUUUGCACAUGGAAGGAGACCAACUUUAAUUCUCGUGUACAUCAUGAUGUUGCACAUAUUAUCAUAAAACAAGACUAUUGUACAUCUGUUCUUACCGAUUCAUUUUAUCUAGGAGUAUGCAGUAAUGAUCGUAAUUGUGGAUUAGAGUGUGUUAUGGAUGAUAGACUGGUUUUGUUUGUUUCACAUUUGGCACAUGAGCUUGGUCAUACUUUGGGAAUGAAGAAUGAUGAAAAUACAACUUGUACAUGUGGGGGAAAUCAAUGCAUAAUGAAUGAAAUGUUAUUGCCUGCACAGGCAUUCAGCAACUGCAGUUAUAAUCAUUUUUUUGAAAAUGUUCACAAAUUAACUUGUUUGCGUGAUUCACCAAAACCAGAGCGCAUCAUCACAAAGAAGCGCUGUGGGAAUAGUGUGGUUGAAGAUAAAGAGGAGUGUGAUUGUGGCUCUGUAAAAUUAUGUGAAAAAGAUCUAUGUUGCUUGCAAAACUGUAUUCUGAAACCUGGGACUGUUUGUGCUUCUGGGCUUUGUUGCAAAGACUGCCAGUUCAUGCCAGUAGGCACAGUGUGUAGAGAAUUGAACAGCGAAUGUGAUCUGCCAGAGUGGUGCAAUGGAACGUCUGGUGCAUGUCCAGAAGAUGUGUACAUAGAAGAUGGGACCUCUUGCCUGGACAACGGCUUAUGCUAUGAGAAGAGAUGUAAUGACCUUAAUGAACAGUGUAAGAAAAUUUUUGGCACUGAUGCUUCGAGCGCAAAUCAGAGUUGCUACUUAGCAAUGAACACCAAAGGUGACCGUUUUGGUCACUGUGGUAUGGAAGGUGGUAACUAUGUAAGAUGUCAGCCUGAAGAUGUUCUAUGUGGGAGAGUUCAGUGUGAUAAUGUAAUACUAAUUCCCCUUUUGAGUGAACAUAACACUGUGCAUUGGACUCAGAUCAAUAAUACCACUUGCUGGGGUACUGACUACCACUUUGGUAUGACCAUACCUGAUAUUGGUGAAGUAAAAGAUGGGACACAUAAGGAAAAAGAGGAAAUUACUGAAACUGCAUCUGUGAUAGAGGAGCAAGAUUUUGAAACUUCACCUGUGAAAGAGGAGCAAAAGGUUGAAACUUCACCUGAGAAAGUGGAGCAAAAGGUUGAAACUUCACCUGUGAAAGAGGAGCAAAAGGUUGAAACUUCACCUGAGAAAGUGGAGCAAAAGGUUGAAACUUCACCUGUGAAAGAGGAGCAAAAUGUUGAAAUUUCAAAGUGA